GCUCCCACAUCGCUGCACUAGACCUUCCCCCGAUUCUCACAUCCCCAAUUCCUCAAUAUGGUCGUCUACUACCAGGUCGCCGGCAAGAAGGUCGGCUCUCACGUCCUCUCCAUGGCCGUCCUCGGAACAAUGUUCGCCGGUUCUUACCUCGCCCUGGGCGGUGGCUCCAAGCCCAAGACCGCUGCUGGUCCCCCCAUCAACGCCUCGUCCAAGGAGGAAGGUGACUUCAUUCAACAAUUCCUGAAGGAAGUCGACGGAGGUGACAAGAAGUCCGAGAAACACUAAACUCCCCUCUCCAAACACGGAUUUAUAUCGACGGCCCGGCCCGGCCAUGAGUACGACUUCGUAUGAUGCAUGACUUCCAAUUGACCUCAUAUCCGUUCGUCGUGUCGCUUCCCUUCCGACCGUUUUCGACUCGUCGGCUGGCCUGCGACAUUUUAGUCGCUUCGACUUUGCACUUUGCGGAGUUGGCCGGGCCGAUCUUGGAGGAUAGCGAGUGAUGUGUUAUUUCGUGGUUCUGUACAUAAGAGGCGUGUACGCUGCAUAGAAGAAAUGUUCCUUCUACUGAGGUUUCUCCGUUGAUCCGAAUCCUUGAUUGCGGUGAUGGUCAAUGAAGCUGUUCAUGCGUAUGAGGAAUUGCGGGCAAGCUCUUUCGUACGGA